UUAUUUAAUACCUGUUUUCUUUCUGUGCACAUUUCAGGAUGUUUAUGCCAAAGGCUCAUCGUGUCGCUAUUUACGAGUACCUCUUCAAAGAGGGUGUCAUCGUUGCCAAAAAAGAUUUCCACGCACCCAAGCACCCCGAGCUGGAGCUUAUUCCUAACUUACAUGUAAUCAAAACAUUGCAGUCAUUGCACUCGCGUGGUCUGGUGAAGGAGCAAUUCGCCUGGAGACAUUACUACUGGUAUUUGACCAACGAAGGUAUUGAGUACCUACGCAGCUAUCUGCAUUUGCCCCCAGAAAUUGUGCCAGCCACAUUGAAACGCCCUGCGCGCUCUGAGACAAUGCGUCCCCGGCCAGCGGCAUCUGCUCGCACAGGCGACUCUUCCAAGACCGGCGAAGACCGUACAUCCUACAGACGUGCGCCCGGUGGACCUGACAAGAAAGGUGAUGCUGGCCCAGGUGCUGCCGAUGUUGAUUUCCGUGGCGGUUUCGGCCGUGGUACACGCCCUCAAUAAAAAGUGGAUAGAGGAUGACAUUGCUCAUGUCGCACCUUAUUUAGUUGUAAAAUGAUGUUGCCUACGAAAUUUUUUAUUUUAAAAGAAAUAAAAAGAUAUCACGGAAAUU